CAGCAGAAUCUGUCCAGAUUUUUGUGUUAUGUCAUGGGAUGACACUAAGUAGGAUACAGGCUGCUUAGUCAUAAAAAACAUUAACAAGGUGAAAGUGAAAGGCAGACCUAUAUAAUAAAACAGGCUAAAAUGAGAGAUGCUGUCACAGUGUGCCUGCACAUCCCUAAGAGAAGACACUAAAUAGCAAUUCUCUCUGUCUUGUUAUUACUCUGUACUGUACUAAAGCCAUCUUUGUUUUUACUUUACUGUUUACUGUGUUACUUUCAAAAUUCAUAAGGAGAAAAAAGCUAACUGAGAAGGAGAUCACAAUGGGAGCAUCAGAAUCAACAGAAUUUGAUAAACCAUGGAGGGAAACACCCUGGGAAAACAGAGAACUUUUGCAGAAGAACCUCAGGGAGCUCACGCUGAGCGAUUCAAAGGUUAAGUACGUCAGGAUCUUGCUAGCUGGACAAGUGGGAGCAGGAAAGUCCAGCUUCAUCAACUCAGUCAAUAGUGUUUUUCAAGGACAAAUCACAACAGAAGCCCUUGCUGAUUGUGUGUCUGGUACAAGUUUUACAAAAACAUACAGAACAUAUUACAUGGGAAAUGGACAAUCACUUCUGCCUUUUGUCUUCAAUGACAUGAUGGGCUUAGAAUCUGGAGAUUCAGAGGGUGCCGAUCCAGAAGACAUUGUCAAAGCCCUUAAGGGUCUCUUGAAGGAAGGAUACGAUUUCAAUCCAACUGAUUCUGCUAAAAAGAAGGGCUACAGAAGUAAAGCAAGCAAGUCUGAGGAUCUGACACACUGCCUGGUCUACGUCAUCGCAGCUGACAAGGUAUCGAUGAUGAAUGAUGAAGUCUUCAAAAAGAUUAAAUAUAUUAGACAGAAGGCCAGCGAACUGGAAAUUCCUCAGGCAGUCAUCAUGACGAGGGUGGAUGAAGCAUGCCCACUAGUCCAAGACGAUCUGAGAAAAAUCUACACUAGCAAGAAGAUAAAACAAAAGAUGCAGGAGUGCUGUAAUUUAGUCGGUGUCCCUGUGAGCCACAUCUUCCCUGUGAAGAACUACCAUGAGGAGAUCGAUACUCAAAAUGACAUGGAUGUGCUGAUCCUGAGGGCUCUCACACAGAUUGUGCACAUAGCAGACGAUCUACUGAAGAAGAGAAAAACUGAAUCGAAAAAAGGAUGUUGUUUCCUAUGUGGCUUUUAA